CCCGCCACGUCCCGCACGUAGCGCCCCGGCCGCGGCACAGAGUGGCAGACUGGCGCCCGGGGCUCCGGCUCCUCCGGCGGGGCUCGGGAUGAGGCUGGCGAGGCUGCUCCAAGGCGGCCGGGGCGUCAGGCCGCGCUGCGCGGUCCCCAGUGCUAGCCGCAGUCUGGCCUCCGGCUCGGCCUCGGGCUCCGGGCCGGAGUCCGAGCGCGGCGUUCCGGGCCAGGUGGACUUCUACGCGCGCUUCUCGCCGUCGCCGCUCUCCAUGAAGCAGUUCCUGGACUUCGGAUCAGUAAAUGCUUGUGAAAAGACCUCAUUUAUGUUUCUGCGACAAGAGCUGCCUGUUAGAUUGGCAAAUAUAAUGAAAGAAAUAGGCCUCCUUCCAGACAAUCUUCUCAGGACCCCGUCCGUACAGUUGGUACAAAGUUGGUAUAUCCAGAGUCUUCAGGAGCUGCUUGAUUUUAAGGACAAAAGUGCUGAAGAUGCUAAAACUAUUUAUGAAUUCACAGACACAGUGAUAAGGAUCAGAAACCGGCACAAUGAUGUUAUUCCAACCAUGGCCCAGGGUGUGACCGAAUACAAGGAGAGCUUCGGGGUGGAUCCUGUCACCAGUCAAAAUGUCCAGUACUUUUUGGAUCGAUUCUACAUGAGUCGCAUUUCAAUUAGAAUGUUACUCAACCAGCACUCUUUAUUGUUUGGUGGAAAAGGAAGCCCAUCUCAUCGAAAACACAUUGGAAGCAUAAAUCCAAACUGUGAUGUAGUCGAAGUUAUUAAAGAUGGCUAUGAAAAUGCUAGGCGGCUUUGUGAUUUGUAUUAUGUUAACUCUCCUGAACUAGAACUUGAAGAACUGAAUGCGAUUUCACCAGGACAGACAAUACAAGUGGUUUAUGUACCAUCCCAUCUCUAUCACAUGGUGUUUGAACUGUUCAAGAAUGCAAUGAGAGCAACCAUGGAGCACCAUGCUGACAAAGGUGUCUAUCCUCCAAUUCAAGUUCAUGUCACUCUGGGGGAGGAGGAUUUGACCGUGAAGAUAAGUGACCGAGGAGGUGGUGUUCCACUGAGGAAGAUUGACAGACUCUUCAACUACAUGUACUCCACUGCACCCCGGCCUCGUGUUGAGACGUCCCGCGCAGUGCCCCUGGCUGGUUUUGGUUAUGGAUUGCCCAUAUCACGCCUCUACGCACAGUACUUCCAGGGAGACCUAAAGCUGUAUUCCUUGGAGGGCUAUGGGACUGAUGCAGUUAUCUAUAUUAAGGCUCUGUCAACAGAAUCCAUCGAGAGACUCCCUGUGUAUAACAAAGCUGCCUGGAAGCAUUACAGAACCAACCAUGAGGCUGAUGACUGGUGUGUCCCCAGCAGAGAGCCGAAAGACAUGACCACAUUCCGAAGCUCCUAGAUGCACGUGGGAUGCCUGGACAGUCCAAGUGUGGCUUUUGCUAAGUUUGGAUAAGAUGUGUUAGGAGCCACAUUGUACCAAAUACGUCACGUGUGAUUUCACAAUUGUGUUUGCCAAAGCUCCUAAAGGAUCAAUUAUACCAACUUUAUUCUGUAUGUUUGAUUAAUUGGACAUACUUUUAAACACUCAUCAUUUUGGUCAAUUCCCCUAUGUGUGGUAGACUUAUGGAGUGUGAAGUCUCUGGGUUUCUGUAGGAAGUUGAGGGUUGUUUUUUUUUUUUUUAAGUUUUCAUUUAUUUCUGCUAAAAACAUCUAAAGAAAGCGGAGUAGCUGGUUAGUGGCCUGCUUUUGGAGUUCUGUCAUCUGUUAGUAGUAAUGCCUCAUCAGACGGUUUUCUUGUCUCCCACGAAAGAACACAGUGGUACCAGUAGGGCCUUUAAGCAUCUACAUGCAUUGUCUGCUAAAAUUACUUGAUAUGGAAUAAUUUUUUUGCAGUGCAUUAGUGAUGACGGUUCCCCACAGAGCUAAGUCCAGACCAUGUACACUGUGCUCAGGAUCAAUGCAAGGGAUUUUCUUUAGAAAUAAUGUCUCACUGUGUCGCCCUAGCUGGCCUUGAACACAAUGCCCUUCCUUAGCUUCCUGAGUGCUGCCCCAGAAGGGUGUGUCUGGCUGAUGAGAGAAAUGUUUAUUCCUCAGACAGGCAAAGGAGCAUCAGAGGGUAAACCAGGGGGAAAGGGCCAAGUGCCCCCGACUGAGCCAUUGAUUUGAGAUUGUCUGACGGAGCUCUGGAAAGACUGAGUUUCUCUGGGUCUGCUCCCGGCAUCCAGAGGCUGAAGGCCGGAGAUGAGUUUCUCAAACUAGGCAAGGCUCAUGGCUGGCCUGGCUGAAACCACACUUCAGAGUGAAUCGGGACACCACUGCUGUUGGCAAAGUGACGGAUUGGUAGCCUUUGGUUCCCCCGUUUCCAGGUCAGAUUGCUAGACUUUAGGGGAUGUAAUCUGAAUCUCAGGCCUGGUACAAUUGAAAGCGGAAUCAGGAACAGGGAGACUAGGAUGAUUUUAGUCACCUUGGUUUUAGUGGUGACUCUAAGGACAUGUAGUUUUCUAAAAAUACUCAGAUUUUUUUUUAAUCAGAAAAGUCAUCUUAGAUUGAUUACAAAAAUGCUUUGUAUCUGUAUGGUAAUUUAAAGUUUGCAAAUGCUUUGAAGUAUUAGGACGUUAUUUGUGUCAAAACACAACGCUGUGGAGCAGCCUGUGACAGCUUGGUUCUCACUCAGAGUGAGCCAGAGUCACACAGAAUUGGAGCCACAGCCUGAGCGAUCCCUCCCUUCUGACCACUGUCAUCUAUCAGGGACGUUCUUACUGCAUCUAUUAGUGAUGAAGAAAUACUUUAAAAAGGUAUUUGAAAGUGUGCUUUGCCACUUAACUGGAGGGACUUGGGGGUCUGGUUUGGAAAAUGCUAUGAGUUAAAACAUCUCACUCUUGACAGGAUUCAUCAAACUUCACCAUGUCCCAUAAAUAUAUACAUAAUACAAAAGCCAAAUCAUGCAACAUGGCACAAAAUAGAAUUUUUGUACCAGACAAUAGAAACAUGUAGAUUGAGAAUGCUCCAGGGUGGUCAGUCCAGGAUCCUCAGGUGAGAGGUGAGGGAGCUGAAACUCAGGUCUUAUUGGCGCAGAAAUUUUUAGCUAACACGACCAAAUGUUGGAAAAGACACACCUUAUACCUGCUGUUCCUAAUUGAGGACUUUGUAAGAAAUAAUAGACUAUGCUCAUGAGUGACAUUUACUCCAUGUAUUACACUUAUUAGCUUUAAAUUGCAUUUUCUUGCAAUGAUGAAAUAUUUUGGAAUCUUUUGUACAACUCUCAAUAAAUGUACUAUUUUUACUUGUGAAAUACUUUUCCCUCUCCAAGAAAUUAAAAAGCCCCCCCCCAUUUAAGAGCUAAAAAAUGUUUUCAGACAAGAAGUAAAAUGAUUUUACUUUAGUCUCUUUUUAAGGUGUGCCACCUUUUUGCUUUGUUAUCAUGGUUAUGGAUGGAAAAUUGUGUGUGAAAAUGUUCUGGGGCGGGCCUUUUUCAGAGUUACUUUUAAAGAUACCUAAAAGGUUUAUAGGUUCUUAAGGUGAGCUGUUUUGUCCGCCAGUAUUGAUUUUAUGUGGUGUAGGUAUAAAAAUAGAUUGAUGCUUGGGGAUUGGAUAGCAAGUGAUUUUUAUAACCUGGGCAGUUAAUGAGCAUGCCAGUGCAUUGUAGGAAAGGGACUGAAGGAUAUUCCACACCGAAGUUGAAAAGCUCGUGGUUUUGAUGCCUUGACACUUAACAGUGGUCAGUGUCUUCCUCUGUGGAGUUCCUAUAUGGAGAUACUGAAGCAGAAUUUUCCUGUAGCUUGUCUUCUCGGUGACAGUAAGCUGAAAACAUGGAUCAGCUCUUCUUAAAUAAAUUUGAGUCACUUAAGGAAUUUUAGAAAUAUGCCCAUGUCUGUUAAAGAGCGAUCUCUUUCAUCGAGGCUCAACAUUGUAUAAAUGUUCAGGAAAUUGGAACUAGGUGCCAGCACGCUGGCUCGGCAGGUAGAAGCAACGGCCACCAAGCCUGGCAGCCUAGUUCUUGCCUCAGAGCACACAGGGUGGAAGGGAAGAACCAACGACCCCGUCAGUUGUCUUCGGACUUCCACACGUGCGCACCACACAAAAUAAAACGAAACUCCAGCUGUAGCUAGGUGUCUUGCACGCUCUUAACUGUUCCUAAUUUGAGAGGUGUUUGAGGCAGGUGUCCGGUGUAUUUAGUCUAACGGGGAAGCAGGUGGUAGAGGUUGCGUGGCUUGAGUUACCCUAGGUUUUCAUUAUCCAGUGGACCGCCAGUGAUGCAUAGAUGGAGAACUGAUGGGUAAUUUUGAAAAGCUCUAUAAAUAAACCUGAGUAACUUUCCACAGUAGAAAUAACUGUAGGGAAGGCCUUAACUUCACCAGCACUGCCUUCCACUUAAUACUAAUGGAAUGCCUGAACUUUUAUAGCCACGGCAGAUCCCGUCCUAUCCCUCACUGAUAGCACGGAAGCACCACAUCUUUCUCUCUCUGUGAAAAUCAGUAAGGUCCAGCCGGCAUGGUGGCACACCUGUUAGUGGAUCUCUUGAGUUUGAGCUAGCCUGGUCAGCAUAGGGAGUUUCGGGCCAGCCAGGGCUACAUGAUCCCUCUGUUUUUUUGUUUCUUUGUAUUAAAAUCAGUAAAGUCCCUAACAACUACAGAGGGGUGGGAAGGAGGUGUGUGGUCUGUGAGUGACUAAUUAGGGAGGAACCCUACCCAGUAAACUUUGAGUUUAUGUCAUCAGUUUUACAAGGAAAUGUGACGCUCCAGAGGAUAGGUGGCCAGGGUUAAAUUUGGUUGUUUUUACUGAAGGAACUCCUCAUUUUAUCUGAUAACUCCCCAUCUCAAUACCAUUAAAUUUCCCAUAGUCAAACCCACGACACUGACAAAAUAAUCAACUAAUGCUUUGUGGCGUUUUUUCAUUUCAGAAGUGAAUGCAUUCCUAUUUUACUAAUCCUGUUGUUCGUAAACUACUGUACCAUUUGCUCUACUUUGUGUUUGGAAAGAAUUAAACAUUUUCCUGCCCA